AUGGCUCCCACUUUGUGUUCAUUUUCAUUUAUAAAUCAAUUGACAAAUGAAACGAUUCGAGUAAAUGGUAAAGAACUUUGGUAUCGAUGUUCACAUGGUCCUGGUCUAUAUAAUCGAAAUAUAAAAUAUUAUCGUGUUCUUCAACAAGUAGUUGAUCGCAAUUAUUGUUUACCAUCUAGUCCACAGUUGUUUGCUGUUGAUUUUGAAAAAGAGAUUGUUUAUUAUUGUUUAGCUGAUAAUAGUUGGUAUCGUUAUAAAACAGUAAAAGAUAUUAUUGUGGAACAGAAAACUGAUAACAAAGUUUAUAAUAUUAUAAUGCUUUUUAUUAUUCUAUUCAUCAUUAUCCCUUUAAUUAUUAUCAGUUUAAUGAAAUCUCUCGCGUCAUAA